UGUUCAGGCAAGGCGUCACCUAAUGGUUUAGGGGAAGGCGGAAAGACCCUCAGCAAGGUCGGAACAAUGUCUCCCACCAGUGAAGACUCCCCCUUGAUCAGCAACAGAUCUAACAGCCUGUCCUCCACGAGUUCAGGAGCCCUACACGUCUGCCUUUACCACCACCUGAACUCUUUCCAGUUGGCCCCACAUUCAGCCGGAAACCUGACCUUCACAUACGGGGACUACACUGCCGAGCAGCUUUGUGUGGCUGCUGCCAAAGCGUGUGGCAUUCUUCCUGUCUGCCAUCCCCUGUUCUCCCUGGCCACAGAAGAUCUAUCAUGCUGGUAUCCGCCCAACCAUGUCUUUCACGUGGACGAGUCAUGCAGCACAGUGGUGAUUUACAGAAUUAGAUUUUUCUUCCCCAACUGGUUUGGGCCACGGAAGUCAUAUCGGUUUGGGCCAGCAAAUGACCAAGAGAAACCUGUACUGGAUUACCCAACACUGGAUUAUCUCUUUGCCCAAUCCCGCAGUGAUUUCCUCAGUGGACAGAUGGAUGUGCCCUUAACUCUGGAGUCCCAAGAGACGUGUCUGAGCCUAGCUGUGCUUGACAUGCUACGAAUCUCAAAGGAGAGGAAACAGAACCCGGAGGAGACCCUCAGAACAAUCAGCUACAAGUCCUGUCUUCCAGUGAAGUUGCGGAGCCAGCUGCAGACACAAAAUUUUGUCACUCGCAAACGUAUCCGUCACCACGUGGGCCUUUCCCUCCGCAAGAUCAGCGUGCUUCAGACCGAAAGCCGUUCUCUUAAGCUGAAGUACCUCAUGGAGCUUGAGAGUCUUCAAGGAGCCCCAAAACAAGAGACCUUCCUGACCAGGACCCCAGGGGCAAAGGAGGCUAAGUGGGUGAUCCGAGUCUCUGGAGAAACAGGGAUCUCAUCAAGCCACAGUAAGGAUGAGACCUGCCAGCCAUUUUGUGAUUUCCCCGAGAUUACUGAUAUUAGCAUCAAGCAAGCCAGCCGAGACGGUCUGCCAGCAGAGAACCGUAUUGUCAGCAUAACCAAGACAGACAGUCGAGUCCUAGAGAUGGAGUUCCUCACCCUGCGAGAGGCCUUGGCCUUCGUCUCACUGGUUGACAACUACUACCGGCUGACAGUUGACACCCAGCACUACUUUUGCAAGGAAGUGGCUCCACCCCAGCUUCUUGAAAACCUGGAGAACCAGUGCCACGGGCCCAUCAAGUCAGAAUUUGCAGUGAACAAACUGAAGACAAUGGGCCACGGGGCAGGAUCCUACUUGCUUCGCCAAAACCCAGAAGAUUUCGACAGCUACCUGCUCACCAUUUGUAUCGAGGCACCAAUCGGGAAAGACUUCAAAAGCCUGCUCAUCCAAAGGCACAAAGAUGGAACUUUCUCAACCGUUGGUGUUCACAAGAAAUUCUGCAGCAUACAGGAGCUGCUGGGAGUUUGUCGGCAAUUCAGUCUCCAGGUAGAUGGGGUGACUAUCCAGCUGAACAAGUAUUGCUGCCCGCAACCCAAAGAAAAAUCAAACCUACUGAUAGCACGGGGCGGCAGCUGCCACCAGCUUCCCACUUCUCCAUUUAUUCCACGCCGGGCCAUCAAUCAGAUGAUGUUCCACAAAAUCCAGGCAGAAAACCUGGUUCAGCUUGAGAACUUGGCUCAAGGAACUUUCACCAGAAUCUAUCAGGGCAUCAAAAAAGAGCCGACCAAGGAGGAGGAAGAGGAAGGGGAGGAUGGGAACCACGUGAAAGAGGUCGUGAUGAAAGUCUUGGAUGUCAGUCACUGUAUCUGGGUGGAGCCCUUCCUAGAAGCUGCCAGCAUGAUCAGCCAGCUGUCACAUAAGCACCUCAUCCUUCUCUACGGAGUCUGCAUGGGAGCUGAGAACAUCAUGGUACAGGAAUACAUCAGACAUGGAGCCCUGGACACCUACCUGAGGAGGAAUCACACCACUGGCAAAGUGACACCUACCUGGAAACUUCAGGUCGCAAAGCAGUUAGCCUAUGUGCUCAACUUCUUGGAGGACAAGAAGAUUAUCCAUGGUAACAUCUCUGCCAAGAAGGUGCUGCUAGCCCGUGAGGGAGAUGCCGUAAGAGGAAUACCCCCGUUCAUCAAACUCAGUGACUCAGGAGUCAGCACUGCCCUCCUUGCCAAAGACCUGUUAAUGGACCGUAUCCCAUGGGUGGCCCCAGAGUGCCUGGAGGACCCCAAGAACUUGACACUGGAAUCAGACAAGUGGAGUUUUGGCGCUACUGUAUGGGAGAUCUUUAACGGCGGGAUCAUGCCCAUGACUGCCAUAGACCCUGGUUUGAAGCUCAAGUUCUACCAAGACCACCAUCCACUCCCGCCUCUCAAAUGGACGGAGCUAGCCAACCUGGUAGGCCAGUGCAUGGAUUACAACCCUCAGCAGCGGCCAGCUUUUCGCGCCAUUAUCCGUGACCUCAACAGCCUCAUAACUUCUGAUUAUGAGCUUCUUUCGGACUUCCCGGCCAGUGACAGCUUCGGAGGAUACGUGGACAUUGCUAUGUGCCAGGAUCCCACCCUCUUUGAAGACCGCCACCUAAAAUACAUCUCAGUGUUGGGGAAGGGGAAUUUUGGGAGCGUGGAGCUUUGCCGCUACGACCCCCUGGGCGACAGCACUGGGGAGCUGGUGGCCGUGAAGCGGCUGCAGCAGAGCUCGCCCAAGCACCGCCUGGACUUUGAGCGAGAGAUCACUAUCCUGCGCUCUUUACACCACGACUUCAUAGUUGCCUACCGGGGCGUGUGCUACAGCCGAGGCCGCAAUUGUCUCCGCUUGGUCAUGGAAUACCUGCCCAGCGGCUGCCUGCGAAACUACCUGCAGAAAAAUCAGGAGCGGCUGGACCUCAAGAAAUUGCUGCUGUAUGCCUGGCAGGUCUGCAAGGGCAUGGAGUACCUGGGGUCCCAGCGCUACAUCCACAGAGACCUGGCUGCCAGGAACAUCUUGGUGGAAAACGAAAACCGUGUCAAGAUUGGGGACUUUGGUCUGGCGAAAAUUCUCCCGCAUGGGAAGGAAUAUUAUGUGGUUCGAGAGCCUGGACAGAGUCCCAUUUUCUGGUACGCACCAGAAUCUUUAGCCGACAACAUCUUCUCCCAAGAAUCAGAUGUCUGGAGUUUUGGCAUUGUCUUGUAUGAACUUUUCACCUACGGAAGCAAGAUCUCAGAGGAAUUUCUCUGCAUGAUGGGGCACAGCAAACCCCUCCAGAUUGUCUGUCAGCUUCUGGAACUCCUGAAGGGGAACAGGAGACUCCCUCCCCCGGCUGGCUGCCCCACAGAGGUCUACGAUUUGAUGCUGUCCUGCUGGGCCUUCGUGCCAAACCAGAGGCCCCGCUUCUGUGAGCUGAGCCUCCAAAUUGAGACCCUGAGAAAUGGCCGCAGCAAAGCCCGGGGCUAAAAGGAGACGCAACAGCUGUUAAAACUGCUCCCCCACCACCACUGCCGACAGUGUACAGAAGAGAAGCAAAGCAUGUUAUGAAAUCCCACUUACUUUCUAAGUUUAUUUCUUCUCAAUAGUGUUCACUCCCUCCACACCUACACACAUGCAUGCAUACACCCCACAUUGGUUAGCCCAGCCAUGUCCCACAACUCUGAUGCUGUUUUAUUUUCCCUCUCACAAGCACCCACAUGCUCACGCUCAUGCAAUUGUAGGACUAUUGCCAGAAAAAUUGCACGAUUAGACCCAUGACCAACAGCAGACAUCCAGAUAGUUCACAAAGCCAACCUGCAGCUCACUGAAAAUUAAGCUUAUUCCCUACUGACAGUCCAUGAAAACCAGUGUGUUGUAGUGGGUAAUAGUGUCAGAUUUGUCUCUGGGAGACCCAGGUUCGAAUCCUCACUUGCGCCAUGGAAGCUGACCUUGGGCCAGUCACGCUCCUUCAGCCUAACCUACCUCACAGGGUUGUUGUGAGGAUAAAGCAGAGGAGAACAAUGUAAACUGCUUGGAUCCCACUGUGGGGGGGGGGGAACAAGGUACAAAUAAAUAAAAUUAAAUUGCCUUUGA